AUGCUCUGCCCUCUGUUUCGCAGGCUGCAAGGAGAGGAACGCGAGAGCAGCUUCCCUGCCAUAUACAACGAGAGACAGCAAGAAAUCCUCAAGCUCCUCCAAUCAUGCGGAAGCGACAUAAUCUGCCUCGAAUUUUGGGUCAACAACGAAGAAAUAGUGAAGAUGUACAGAGACAAGCUCGGAUCAAAGUAUCAGUGGAUGCAGUUGAGUCGGACAGGAGGGCGAGGAGACGGUCUGGUCACCCUCGUCAAGCACGAGAUCGAGCUGCUCGACCAGCAAGACAUUAUCUUCCAUGACUUCGGCGACAGAGUCGCGAUGCUUGCAAGAAUGAAGCUCUCCUCCUCAAGGUGA